AUGUCGACCCACGAACAAAAGGAGUCGACCUCUUCUCGCGACCCUCUUGAUCCCACCCUGAGAAAUGAGAAACAUGAAUAUACACCCACCAAAAAGAAGAUCAACAUUGGUACUCGACGCUCCGCCCUUGCGGUCAUUCAAGCCGAAAUGGUCAAGAAAUCUCUAGAGAAAGCACAUCCAGAGAUUGAAUUCGAGAUCCAUGCCAUGGCCACCAUGGGCGACAAAAACCAAGUCACUCCCCUCCACGAUUUCGGCGCAAAGAGUCUAUGGACGCAUGAACUGGAGGCACAACUUUUGGAGAACAAGUUGGACAUUGUGGUUCACUGUUUGAAGGACAUGCCGACCCAACUGCCACCCAAGUGCACCAUCGGUUGCAUCAUGGAACGGGAGGAUCCGAGAGACGUGGUGGUGAUGAAGAAGGGUCUUGACUUUAAAAGUCUGGCAGAAUUACCCGACGGCGCUGUGGUUGGCACAAGCAGUGUGAGACGUAGUGCACAGAUCAAAUCCAACUACCCAAAUUUGAGAUUCAAGGACGUCAGAGGCAAUUUGGGAACGAGGUUGGGCAAGCUGGAUGCAGAGGAUGGGGAGUAUUCAUGUUUGGUUUUGGCAGCGGCUGGAAUACUUCGAAUGGACUGGGGCAACAGAAUCACGCAAUACCUGGAUUCCAAAACACCUGGCGGAGGCAUGUUAUAUGCAGUAGGUCAAGGAGCACUUGCCAUUGAGAUUCGUGAUGGAGAUGAACAGAUUCUUGAAAUCUUGAAUCCUCUCUCAGACCAAGGUGCUACUCUUGCUGGAACGGCGGAGAGAAGUCUCAUGCGUACCUUGGAGGGAGGCUGCAGUGUUCCAAUUGGCGUUGAGACGACCUGGAUUGAGAAAGGUAAGCUGUUAAUGAAGGGAACUGUGGUUAGUCUGGACGGAAAAGAGAGCGUCGAGGCAGAAAGACUAGAUGAGAUUUUAAACGUUCAGGACGCAGAUGAAUUUGGUUGGAAACUGGCCCAAGACCUUGUAGAGAAGGGUGCAGCAGAUAUCUUGAAGGCUAUCAAUCUGAAUCGACCCGUACUUGCAGAGGGCGGUAAUGCAUGA